AUGGAGCAAGCAUCGGCGGCGGACGGCUUGAAGGAAGCUUUCCUCUUGGGCAGCGCCGGGCGGAGCCGAAAGUCCCAAGACAACGGAGGGCGAUCAGCAUUAGCGAUCCACGUGCCCGUGCGGCAA